AUGACUGCUCCUGCUAUCCGAAUUGACGGCAUCGUCAACCCCGCCGCUCCACCUCAACCCGAAUUGAUCAUGGCCGAAGGUGCACCUUCAAUUGCACCUUCAUUGACCUACUCAGACGAUUCCGAUUCCCAAGAAGAUGAGCCCGCCAUCCCUCUCGAGCGCCGCCGCCGCGCAUCUACACGCUUGAUUGCCCAGAAUGCUAGAGACAUUCAGCGAAUCACUGGUGAGACACCAGCUGAGUACAUGGGCCGAUGCUGUGGUGGUGCUUGCUGCAUGAGUGACCGAAAUGGCAUCGAGUAUGAGGAGAUUCCUCUGCCUGACAAUGACGCAUUCAAGUCUCUUGGUCUUCGACUCGAGAAGCUUCCUGCCAAUUUGACUGGCAUCAUCCCUAUGCCUGAACAAACUGUCCACUUCACCUCAAUCCCUCGGCCGACUUCUUCACCUUCCGACUCAGCUAUCUCGCUCGGCUCAGACACUGAGUCAGCCCCCACAUCCUCCUCUCCCAAGAACAACUACCUGGUUCCUGGGCCCGGCUAUGAGGGCGUCGACACCUCUAUCCAACCUCCUCGCUUUGUCCAACCGCACCCUCCCCACAACGUCUACCCGGCCAAGAUUCAUAAUACUCGUGAGCUCACCAAGCCUGGUGCUGAGAAGCGAACAUUCCAUUUUGAUCUUGAUAUCACCGACUACCCUCCUGAGGAGGUUUUCGACUUCAGAGUUGGUGGCGCCAUCGGUGUCAUGGCCCCCAACGAUGAGAUCUCUGUGGAUGAGAUUCUCGAUGCCCUCAUGAUCCCGCGUUUCCAGCGUGACAAGCCUGUUCUCAUGAAGACAACCAAGGGCCGCUGGCCUACCGUUUGGGGUGACGACAAGCCUCGCGAGCUCAUCACUACCCGCCGCGAGCUCCUUACCUGGACCACCGAUAUUCAGUCUUAUGCUCCUACAAAGGAGCUCCUCCGUGUCAUUGCCGAGCAUGCUACUGCUCCCAAUGAGAAGAAGAUCCUUGAGUAUCUCUGCUCCAAUGAGGGUGCCAGCAUGUUCUCCGACUUCCGUGGUGGUCCCCACACCACCCUUUCUCAGAUCCUUAACGCGUUCCCCAGCUCUCAUCCUCCCAUGGAUCAACUGCUUUCCGUCCAGGCUCAGCUCAUGCCACGAUUUUACUCUCUUUCCAACGAUCCUACAGAAUCAUACACCCUCCGAGAGCAUGCUCAGCGCCGUUUGAUUGAGAUUGCUGUCACAGUCCACGACUCCAUGGACUGGCGACGUGGCUGCCGUGCUGGUGUGGGAUCCGGUUUCUUUGAGCGACAGGCUCAUAAGUUUAUGAGAGCCCGAGAGGCUGGCGAACGCACCCCUCAAAUAUACAUCCCCAUGUUCAAGGGUUUGAUGGCUAACCCACUGGCCAAGCAAUUCAAUUCUGACGGCCCUAUGCUUCUGAUUGGUGCCGGUGUUGGUAUCGCUCCCUUCCGUGGAUUCGUCCAGCGCCGUCUCAAGCAGGCCAACUGCGCCAACAAGGUUUGGGUCCUACAAGGUAUCCGAGACUCUUUGGUGGAUGAGAUUUACAGUGGCGAGUGGGGUGUGCACGAGGAGGAGGUCAAGCGUGUGGUCCAGAGCCGAGUUGGUACUGGCAAGUACGUUCAGGAAGAGGUUAUGAACCAGUCCGAUCUCGUCUGGUACAUCAUCAACUCAUUGGACGGCCGCAUCUUCGUGUGUGGAAGCAGCAAGGGUAUGGGCGAGGGUGUCGAGGAUGCUCUCUGCGACGUCGCCAUGGAGAAGGGUAACCUCGAGCGCGAGGAGGCUCGCAACUUCUGGAAGCUCAAGAAAGAGGAGGGCAAGUACAUCUCCGAGACUUGGUAA